GGCGUACACAGCUUGUUGAUUUGCAACAGAGCGUUAAGAAUAUUGAAAUUUCUGCAAUAUUGUAUGACGCAUUGGAAAACCAAUGUCUGUUUGUUUGAUGGGCUAGCAGACAGACGUAUGUUUGGCCUAACGAAAGAUGUCGACGCAAUAUUCACAUCUGCUUCAAACCUAUAUCGCACGACUUGAGGAACACGCAAAACCUGUAGCAAAUGAUAAACGAUAUAUGAGUUAUGUUAAGUAUAUCAAUGCAUUUCUCAGCUGUUUUUGUAAAGAAAGAGUUUAUUUGGUCGGAAGUACCGGGGAAGGACUCAAACUAAGACGCUCCAAAAAUGAUGGAGACGCAGAUUUUCUCAUGUGUUCCGGAAGAUUAGAAAUCCCUAUAGAAAACAUCGAGGAACGGCCAGAUUUACGAUGUUACGUGAAGAUACGAGCAGACAAUCUCAGGCGAGACAUUUGCGGAGAGUUGAUUGAUGGUUAUCUCUCAGCAGAUAUGCUGAGGGAACUACGACCAGAACUUUUCACUUUUCUGAGAGCAAUAUUUUCAGAGGUAACCACAAAUCUUGACACCAUUCCUGGUAGGGAAAGUAGAGUCACUACGGUUGGAGUGCCAAUGAAGGUAGGGCUUGGGAGAACAGAAUUUCGAAAUUUAGUAAUUGAGGGCGACAUUUUACAGACGAAGAGAUCAAAUAAACGCCUUAAAGUUGAUAGGGACACUAAAGUUGCUACUAAAUUAAAAGAACGAUGGCGUAACGUACAAAUACAUGAAGGUGAUAUGAAAAUAUUUCAAAGAAUUUUGAAGAUAUUUAGAUUCGCAAAGGUGCCAGGUAGCAAAGGGGAAAAGUUCGGACAAAUAAACAAAUUUGCGGACGAUUUAGAUUCCGUAAUGAAGAGAAUACCUCUGGAACAGGAACCAACUCCUGGAUGUAUAAAUGAGUCAACCAGUGAUGAAGCUGAAGAAGAAACCGAUGUAGCCCCAAAUCCUGAAAAGAUAAAAGCUACUUACUCUGACAUGUCAACGAAAGAUUUUGUUCCAGCUCUAAGAAUCAAAGGCGAUACAAAAUUGGCUUGUCUUGUUGAAUGGAGAAAGAGAGUAGAAAAAGCAAAUUGGCCUCCUGGAGAUGUUGCACAAAAAAUCUUCAAUACUGAUGUCUACUUAGUUGCCAGAGAUGCACCUUUGAAAGCAGACCAUGGCAGAGAUUUUUGCUAUUCCUUCAAUUUAGCAGAAUUGAAACUUGCGGAGUGCUUGUCCCAAACGCAACGUCGAGUCUACUUUAUUCUGAAGUCGUAUUUGAGCGGGCGUUUGCAGAAACUGCAUGAGGGCCUGGGUAUAAACGAAAUGAAAUUCAAAACAUACUAUCUGAAGACCAUCUUCUUUUGGGUUUGUGAACGGGAGGAUCCAUCCAUAUGGAGAGAACAAAAUAUCAUCACAGCAGUGAAGAAGGUACUCCAUUUUAUAAUGCAGUGUCUCCAGGAAAAAAAGCUUUCCCAUUAUUUUGUAAACAGCAACUUGUUCGCAGACCUAGAGGAUUUUGAAUGUGAUGUUCUACAGGACUGUAUCCAACAAAUACUAUGUGAGGCAAUAGACAGCAUUGGUGACUUUGAAUUUGUCAAGAAAAAUGACAGUAGCAGGGGGGAAAUUUUGUUGGACGUAGAUCAAGUACAAUGUCUUUCUGAACUGAAGGAGGAUGGUGGAAGGUUGAAACAUUUGGACACACUUGAAGAUGCGCUGAUCGAUAUGCAAAGAGGUUUUAAUGAAAGUCCAAGAGAUGUAAACGGGAAAAUACCGAUAAAAGAAGCAGUCGAUAAGGUUUUUGAUGUAUUUAUAGAAGAAGAGAGGCAAAAACAAAUAUCCGACGGGACAUCACAAAUUUCGCUUGGAGGAACAGGAGGUAGAAAUUUGACCCAGGCUAUACCAGGCGUGAACGUGUCUCAGACUGCCGCGAUUGCUGGUAUACUUAACAACUUUGUGACUGAAACCCAGCCGAUUAACAGUCGUGAGUCGAAUCCAAGAAUGGACCUAUUACUUGGUAUUGGUUCGAUGUUUCGAGGUGGUCCAGAAAUCAUAGCCUCUCUUGGUGGACAAGAUGGUGUAAGAAACGUUCUUCAACAAACAGCGGAUCAAAGUGUUGACCCUGUUCUUGAGUUGAAAAGAGUUGCAGGCAAAUAUUUGUCAUGCAGUGAUGAAGAAGAAGAAACACUUGCGAAAGAACUUGCACAGAAAGUUGCUGGUUACUUCCUUGGAAGACAAGAAUGAGAACUUUUGGAACAUUACAUUGUUGAUGCGAAAAAUAUUUUCAUUGCACAAACUUUUCGUUAUAUAUCGUUUAAGAUAUAUAUCUUUAUUUUAUUUUUGCUGUAUGAAGAUAUAUUUGGACAUGUAAGAUAAUCUGAUGUACCGAUUAUUAUAGACAGCAUGUAUGAAUCAACUGAAACUUCUAAUAUAUGUACCUAAGGCUUAAUAAAAGAUUUCAUUUAUA